UUACAGAAAGUGGACCCUAAUGGAAAGCCUACGAUGUCCGCACAUCCAGCUCGAUUUUCUGUAGAGGACAAAUAUUCAAGAGAAAGGAUUACAAUGAAGAGAAGAUUUGGCCUACUAUUAACGCAACAACCACAACCUAAUUACUAAUAUUAAAUAUAUAAUUAAUUUUAUUCGAAAAUAUAAAAUACAAACGAAAGAAAGUGUUAUGAUGUGGCCUGAUACAACCGAGUACGAUAAUCUAUAUCUCAGUAAAGGGGUGGUUCAACUUUUACACCCACAACUUCCUUUAAUGAUAACGAGGAAAAAUCUCUGUACUCAAGAUUAUUAUUCUACAUCAUGGAAUUGCAUCCAUUGUUGCAACUUCAUAACAACCUUAAUAAGAAAUUGUAUUUCCACUGGAAACUUUUCAAUGUAAUGAC